AUAACGCCGUCCUGACAUUACCUGCCUCUAGUUUUACUCCAGAUCCUGAGAGAGAGAGAGAGAGAGAGAGAGAGAGAGAGAUGCUCACCAUGCUGGGUCACGGUCGUGUCGGUCACAUGAUGUUGCUCCUCUGCGCUUUUUCUUUGUGGGCUGAAACUGUGAUGUGUGGCUCCAGCUUCCUCAGUCCAACCCAAAAACCACAGAAUCGUGGAGACCGAAAGCCACCUCGGGUGGGACGGAGGACUGCAGCUGAACUCGAGGCUCCUCUUCCUUCCGAGGAGAAGAUCAUGGUGAGCGCACCGUUCCAGCUGGCCGUGUCUCUCAGUGACGCGGAAUACGAGGAUUAUGGUCCUGUGCUACAGAGGAUGUUACUGGAUGUCCUGGGUGAUCCGCCUACUUUGG